AUGUCCAAUCCUUUGGUAGCCAGUGCAGAAAAUAAAUUGAACGAUUUGAAUAAGAAAAUCGCCGAAAUCAAAAAAAAGAUCCAGCUGUCAGAGGGACAAAGAAAAGCGAAUUUCGAGGAGUACGAAGCGAAGAAGCACGAGUACGCGGAGAGUAUCGGGUCUCUUAAGCACAGGGUUAAGGAGCUUUACGCGGAGUAUGCAAACUUAAAAAAUAAUGAGGGAAAAUCGGAGAGCAGUGUUCACAUGAGUCGCAAGUCGUCGGCUCAUGAGAAAAAACGCAAUUUAAGCGAGACAAUUGCUAAAGCGGAGGAGGACAAUGUACGCUUAAGAAAGAGGCACGAUCUAAUUAAAUAUCAACGCCAGAGGAGACAGCAGAAAUUACAUCUGUUACUCGGAGAGUACAACGAAUUGAUGAAUGAUAAAAUGCAGAAAAUAUUUAAGAAGAAGGUGGAGAACCCAUUAAAAAAUAAAAUUGUGAAAUUGGAGGUACGUUUGGAGCACAUCAAAAUGAUGCAGAUCAAGGCGAACAUAGUGCGAAUGAAGUAUCGUUCCAUGCGUUCCGAUUUGAAAGAAAAAUCGGUGUUUUACGCGUCUUCCUUGAAGAACUUGGAGUACGAGAUGAGAGAACAGGAAAACGAAAUGAAACGUCUACAGAGAGUGAAGGAAGAAGCGAUUACGUUAAGAGAUAACACGCAGGAGACGUUGAUAAAGGAGGAAAUUGAAGUUACAAAUUGCAGUAAAGAACGAAAUGCUGUACUCGAGGAAUACAGACGACGCGUGUUAGAACGAAAGACGGAACUCGAACGGUUGGAAAAGAUGAUAUUCCAUUCGCGUUCUCGAGACGAUUUCGACACACGUGGGAAAAGUGGCGUGGUGUCCACAGAGGACAUUACCAAGGACGAGGUGACACGACUGGAGGAGGCGUUCUCCAAGCUUCGCAGCGCGACCGGAGUGUCCAGGACCGAGGACGUUCUGAACCGGUUUCUGGGUCAGCGGGCGACCAAGGAUAAUUUACAGAAAAUGCGACUGGCCACGGAGCAAGAGAAAAUGGCGUUAGAAAAGCAAAGACAACAGCUCCUCGCCGAGAUGGAAACGAAAAAGUUCUCGGAAACGAAGAACGCGGAACAAAACGCGGAAGAAGUAGAAACGUUGAACGGUCAGAUCGGUGAGCAACGAUCGCGUCAAUUAAAGGCAGAAACGGAAAGACAAAGGAUCGAAGAUCUUCUACGAGAAAUAACUACCACGUUGUGGAACGUAUGCAAUAAGUUUCGAGAUAUAAUUGAUGCUUUGCCUGAGGAGCCGAGCGAAAUCGAAAAUCCUUUGGAACUGAUAGAUUUGAUGAAUGAAAAAUCGAAGAGCAUAAUUGAUACCUUAGGAGGGCCAGAUAAGUACCUCGAAGUAUUGAAUGAAGUUGUAAUUGAUAAGGUGGAAACGGUAUCGAUGACAACGACAUCAGCAGAGGGAAAAGUAGCACGUUCGAAUGGAGGAGGACCGCUUUUUCCACGAUUUCCAUCCUCAACAACACCAGCAAUGAUACUUUCGGAAGAAGAAGAAGAGAUACCAACUAGGAACCAUCUUAAAAAACAAGCACAACAGUUGGUUGACAUAAAAAGCCGUCGAAAAGGAUUCACCUUUAGAAGAUAA